CCUACGACACUUGCCUGCUCCCUGAAGAAUUAUACACCAUCUGACCCAACCGUCGCUCGAUGGUUGACGUACAUUUGAAUGUUUAAUUUCGAGCUGGAAAGGAUCCCAGGGAACAAGAAUAGGGCUGAUGGCCUGAGCCGCGUCAACUGGGACAGUGUGAGUCAGGACUCGACCGAAGACACCCCGCCAGUCGACGGGUUCCUAGAUCAGGAGGAAGACGUGCGGCUCCAUAUAAACGAGUGGGCGCUGCGAGUACCCAACUGUGUCAGCCACCCCAUAUGGAUAGCACCAAGAGGAUAUGAGCGGAAGGCCGACUUGGUCCUUAAGCCAUUUCAGGAGGAGGAUCCGUGGGGAGGCAAGGAUGUCCAGUGGAUGAUGAAGCUGGCGCUGGCAGGGACGCAUGGCCUGGUGGAAGAGGUGAGGGCGAUAGAGGAAGGGCCCACUCAAGUGGAGGAGCAUGAGCAGUUGAUGGGAGGAAUGUACCUGCUCACAAAUAUGCCAGUGCAAGGGGACUUUGACCAGAGGAACUCCCUAAGCCCAAUGGAGAGUGAGGACCUCGUCCCGGAAAGCCAGGAUGACGAGUUCGAAGAAGGGGAGAUUAAGAAGGCAUUCGGGGCAGAGGAGUACGAUGGGAUUUAUCUUGAGUUGGGUCUGCUCCUAUCCUGUGAAAUGAGAGACAGGGAUGCUAGCGACAAGGCUCAGAAGAUGAGGCACCUCUACGUGUUGAGAGAUGACCAUCUGUUUAUAAAGCGGCAAGUUGGGAACCCCAAGUGGAUUGUAUGCGGGAGAAACCGACAACUGGACAUUAUAGCGGCAUUACAUGAUGGUAUAGUAGGAGGGCACAGGGGGAUAGGCGCCACGUGUGCAAAGAUAAGUGAGCUAUACCACUGGGAUGGAAUGUUGAGCAUGGUCAUCAAGUACUGCCAGUCUUGUGUCCCUUGUCAAGAGAGGUCUGCCCAAAGGCCAGGGGAGCCCAUGCACCCAAGGUUGGAGACGGAGAGACCUCUCAGGGCAUCCGGAGGGGGAGAGCGGCAUGGGCCCUUCAGGAGAGAGCCUACACCCGUGUUUGAUGACGACAACAUCGAUCUUUCCUUGGACGUCUACCGAGAGCAUGCAGCCCAAAGAGGAUGGGACGUGUCUGAGAGAAUACAUCACUUAAGGGGAAUUGGGAGGUUCGAGGAGCCCAUCGCGCAAAUCAGGGAGGAGGCACUGACCUGGUCGGAGGUAGAGGCGAGGAUGCAGAGAUUGAGAGCUUCGCCUUUGGGGAGUGAUGGGCUACCUAUCCGCUUGGAGGAAGGGAACGUGGAGGAGUUCAUCCCGGCAUACGAACAGUAUAUGAGCGAUCAGGGGGCUCUGAGGGAUGAGUGGGUGCAGGCGCUACUUAUUUGGACCAGAGGAGCGGAGCGUCCGCUGGCGAGGCAGAUCCGGGAUCGGGCACGAGAUUGGGAGGACUGUCGGGCUCAGUUGAGGGAGGCAUUCCGGUGGCCGGAACCAGAAAGGCCAGAACCCAGGAUUGACAGAAGACGGCGAAGCAAAAGGCUAAGAGAUUUGGAGGCAAGAGGACCGGUUAAGUCGAGAGGCGGCUGGAAAGCCUUGGCACAACGGGAAGGAGGACAAGCAGGACCAACUAGGGCGAGGGAGUCCUUCCCUGCUUGUGGCCUCAGGCAGGUGGAGUUUCAUCCAGUCACGGAGGAUGACCUACUGGGGUCCUCGUCACAGACACCAGAGCGGAGGGAGAGCGAGGUACUGGCAUCGCCGUUCAGAAGCCUGGAAGCUCACCUGGAUGCGUCCCAGUGGGAGGCCCCUUCAGCAGGGGUGAGCCCUACGGACCCACCAGGAGGGGAGCCGACUCGCCCCGAGACCGAGGCGGAGCCACUCAGAUUGAAGGGGGUAGGUGCGGAAGAUGUUAUUAUGAUAGACGGGGAUACUCCUCCCGGCACCCCAGCUCGAGUCCAGAUGCGUCAGUCAUGGCCAAAGGGAUUUCCGAAGCCAGACCGUCAGGAGGCACCGAUGCCGCUACCAGAAGCCUCUAUGUCACCCCGACAGGAGGUUGAGGCAAGGGGAUCGGAAGAGAGAUGGAGGACGGAGCCCCGUCUGGUCAUUGACUCACGGUUAGUUGCGCAUGCGGCUAAGCACCCUAACAUUGAGGGGCCCAGCUUGGUUGGGCCAUCAUCGGGGCCAGCGUUUGCUGAGUCAGGAGGAGGCUCGCAGGCUGCGGUUGGGGAAGUCAUGGAGGCAAUCACAGAAAAGGAGCCAGACGAAGCCGCCCGGGCGAAGCUUGCCAAGAUACAGGCCCGCCUCGUAGAGAUACAUGAGCGGAGGGACAGGAUGGAGGCUGCGGGGAUGGUGCCCACGCCGCCAUCUGACCCCAAGACAGGCAAGGAGAGGAUUGACGAGUUGUGGGCCAAGUAUGAGACUCGAGGGGAAGCAGCUAGCAGGAGGCCACAGGAAGGCGGGCAGGCCAGAGAGAGGGCAAGCGAAGUGAUGGAGGUUGGAAAGUUGGGAUUCUUUGCUGCCAGAGAGGCCAUCGAGCGAGUGGAUGGAAGGGUACGACAAGCGGCCACCAUAUCCUUCCAAAGGUACUCCCUGCUCAGUGAUGGCAGUGAGCUGGCCCUCAGGAAAGAGGAGGUGGAACAACUAACUACCCAGCUCGCAGAGGAGAGGGCCGAGAAUAAGGCCUAGCGAGCUCGCCUGGAGGCAAAGGAGGCUGAGUGGGAGAAGAAGCUCAAGGAAAUGGCGUCCGCAGUGGAAAGACUUGCCGCUACCAAG